UCCAUGUGCACAGAAUGACGUCGCUCUCAGCGCAAGUCCGACUCGACUCCUUCGUUUGUUUUUAUUACUCUUCUUCUUUUUUUUUCUUUUCUUUUUUUUUUUUUUAGACCCACGGCCCAGAAUCGGUAAUCUGCAAAAAUUACGGCCAUAAUGUGAGAUUAUCCGUCGCUGCCGUCCGACCCAUCGCUGUCGUUCGUCCUGUCAGGAGCAGCGGCUCGCUGUUGAGGAUUACUAGUGAUAAUACGCAGUAGACUUCUCCAGUGUGUCUAGCUGUCAAACUGGCAACAAUGUAUUGGAAAGAGUAGGGAGAGCACGCUGGCUGAUAUUUAUUGACUUUGCUUUUGCGUUUCUUUUUUUGUCCUCUGGAUUAUCGCUGCCCAGCAACACAGCCACCUGACAACUCUGAAUGUCGUAAUUAAGGUAAAUCAAUGAGCCAGCAAUGGAGACCAAAAGAUACCAAAGUUUCUUUGAUGGAAAUGACACAGAGAACAGAUGGCCUCAGGUCCCUGGCACUAUGGAGUACUGCUGCAGUACAGAGGAUUCAAGUCUGACUGGCAGUGAUAUCCUGAUGGACAUAGUUAAUGUCAACUGCCCUGCUGGAAGCCCGGCCGCCGACUGCAAAGACAACAAUACAAAAAAGCAGGAGCAGCCAAUGCUUCAGCUCAGCCAGAACCAACCAUUUGUUCUCCCACACUUCAACAACUCACUCCAUGGUCAUAAGCAGGAAAUGGACUCCAAGGAGCUUUCCAAGACUGUGGCUGAGUCUAUGGGCCUGUAUAUGAAUGCUGCCAGGGAAGCAGAUUUUGCUUUUAACCAGCAAGGAGCCAAUACCAGCCCAGGAAAGCUGUAUCCAGCAUGCGGGCGGCCUUUAGAGGAGAACCAGUGUGGUCCCACAAAGAGUCCCAAAUUGAAGCCAUUUGGUUUCCAGCAGCCUAGCACCACUCCCAGAGAAUGCACCACGGGGACCCCAGUUAGCUCAGCAUCUAUGCUGGCCUCUUCUCUGUCCUGCAGUCCCCAAACCUCCAGCGCCAUUUCCAGCCCUGGAGGCAGCAACAAUAUGGUGUCGUCUACCACCAGUCCUCCUACGUGCUUUGCACCUCUGUGCUCGUCUGUCAGUAGUCCUGUCAGCCAGACUUCGUGUGCUGCAACUCUAGCCAACAUCAAGCGCAGGAAUUCAGUCACAUGUAGCCCUGUAGAGUCCAGCACAGUGGGCUCACCGCCACUCACCAGCCCGCUUAAUGUCAUGAGGUCUCCCAUGUCCAGUCCUCAGAGUAUGAGUAGUGUGAGAUCCCCUCCAUCCUGCAGUACUACAUGUAACAUUAGGUCCUCUGUCUCAAGCCCAACAGCUGGCAGCUGCUCUGGCACCACCACCAUCAACAACAACUGCAACACAGUAAUGCCCUCCAUCUCCAGUCCAGCCACAGCGGGCACCAUGACUGUCAGCAGCCCACAGAACCCCUCCUCUGGUGGGUUUCCUGUGUCCAGUCCUGCUGGUGGACUGGGUUUGGUGCAGAAUGACACCAACAGCCCAGAAGCAGCGGGGCUGACCAGAGAAACGGACUUCAAGAAUUUCGAGUUCCCUAAAGUAGAGAUGGUAGACGGAGAGGUGUUCAACGUCGGCUUAGAUCAGAUGGGGAUGGUUAAGUACAUUAAGAACGAGCCUGGAACUGACUUCAGGAGCAUGUGUUUAGGCAGCUCCAAAUGUAAUCCGAGCAGCACACCCUUUAUCACACAGAUUAAGAGUGAGCCAAACAAAAGCGAGGGAUGUAUGAAUCAACAGCCCUACGGUGAGCAGUCACCAUCGCUCGGUCUCUUCCCUGCAUCUGAGACCACUUAUCUGUCCCUGAGGAAUAACAUUGAUGAAUAUAGUCUUUCUGGUAUUUUAGGACCCCCUGUCUCCUCUGUGAAUGGGAACUAUGAGGCUGAUGUGUUCUCCAACAAUAUCCUGUCUAAAGGGGUUAAGCAGGAAUCCACUGAUGGCAGCUAUUACCAAGAGAAUAACAGCAUGUCCACAUCCGCCAUUGUUGGAGUUAAUUCCGGUGGGCACUCAUUCCAUUACCAGAUUGGAGCCCAAGGAACAAUGUCUUUCACGCGGCACGACGUGAGGGACCAGACCAACCCUUUGUUGAAUCUAAUUUCACCUGUAACGGCGUUAAUGGAGUCGUGGAAAUCUCACCCGGGCAUGUCACAGGGGUCUCUGUCAGCCAGAGGUGAAGGAUAUCCGAGUCAGAACUGCAUCUCAGACAGCAUGUCAAGCUCGCCACUGAGACAACCGUCCUCAACGGCCAAAGUGUGCCUGGUUUGCGGAGAUGAGGCAUCAGGCUGUCACUACGGUGUUGUAACAUGCGGAAGCUGCAAGGUCUUCUUCAAAAGAGCUGUGGAAGGUCAGCAUAACUACCUGUGCGCUGGGAGAAAUGACUGCAUCAUUGACAAGAUCCGUAGGAAAAACUGUCCGGCAUGUCGUGUACGGAAGUGUCUCCAGGCUGGGAUGAACCUGGGAGCACGAAAAUCCAAGAAGUUGAAGCUGAAGGGAGUCAGUGAGGACCUGCAGGGCUCUAAGGAUGGCCAAACUGCCACAGGUGGCGCUGGAGGCUACCUGUCCUCAGAGAAGGAGCUGAAUGCCAGUGCUGCCAAUGCCCUGGUGCCCCACAGGCCUGGGGUGGUCACACCUUUUCUGCCGCCCUCCAUCUGCAGCGUGUUGGAGCUGAUUGAGCCCGAAGAAGUGUACUCUGGCUAUGACAACACGCAGCCUGACACCACUGACCACCUGCUAUCCAGUCUCAACCGCCUGGCUGGAAAGCAGAUGGUACGCAUGGUGAAAUGGGCCAAAGUACUUCCAGGUUUCCGGAGCCUGCCCAUUGAGGACCAAAUCACCCUGAUCCAGUACUCAUGGAUGUGUCUGUCCUCCUUUUGCCUCAGCUGGCGCUCCUACAAACACACCAAUGGACAGAUGCUCUACUUUGCCCCUGACCUCAUCUUUAACGAGGAGCGCAUGCAGCAGUCAGCUAUGUACGACCUGUGUCUGGGCAUGAGGCAGGUGAGCCAGGAGUUUGUGCGAUUGCAGCUAACCUACGACGAGUUCCUCUCCAUGAAGGUCCUCCUGCUUCUCAGCACAGUUCCCAAAGAGGGUCUGAAGAACCAGGCAGCAUUCGAGGAGAUGAGGGUUAAUUACAUUAAAGAGCUCCGGCGUUCAGUGGGAAAAGCAACCAACAACUCUGGCCAAACCUGGCAGCGCUUCUUCCAGCUCACCAAGCUGUUGGACGCCAUGCAUGAUUUGGUGGGGAACUUGUUGGACUUCUGUUUCUACACCUUUCGUGAGUCCCAGGCCCUGAAGGUGGAGUUCCCUGAAAUGUUGGUGGAGAUCAUCAGUGACCAGAUACCAAAGAGAGCUGGAUGAGAGGAUGAAUAUCACUCCAACGCCCAAUCACACGAUGACUAUCUCAGCUCAGCGUAAAGACUGGAAACAAGGGGAAACAGCAGGAAGUCAGUUGGGGGCUGAAACUGAGCCACUGCUGGCAUAGUAAGAGAUAGACAGACCACCUCGCACUCACACAAUGGCAAAGGUCACAGUAGCACUCACACGAUGGCAAAGGUGGCGGUAGAAGUAUCGUUUCGGCAGGUAAAACCUUUUUAAAAUGUUAUUUCAGGGCAGAUUCUGCAGUCUUUUCACUCAGCUGUUUUCAACACUUUACUGGUGCUUCUCUACGUGGAGGGCUUACGUCCCAGUGAGCAUUCAAAUUAAAGGUUAAUUUGGGUAAUGCUUCAAAAAUAGCUACCCAAACAAAUGUGUGGAGGCACUUCUAGAAAGACUUUGGCAUCUCUGUCAGUGAUGGAGUUGCAUUGUGGCUGAUGUGAGACUGUCCACGGUUAGUCUGGCAAAUUUUGUGAAUUCUGAAUCAGCGGAGUGAGAGCGGUAUCAACCAUCUCAUCUCCUAACUCUCCGCUAAAACGGACUAAGUGUAUUUCCCCAAGUGUUGAGGCAAUCCUUCAGAGGAGCGAGAUUAAUGUAUUGUUUCCUUAAUGGUCAUCAAUCACCACCUACUGCAAACAAUAAAGUCAAACUUUCCCCGCACUUGAGGGAGCGGCGCUAUCUUCAGAGCUGUCAGCUCCUAAAUGAACUCCCUCCCUUUCAGCACGGAUGACUCAGAAUUUCUCUUAGUGCUGUGUCACAGUACACUUUGGUGGAGUCACUGUACGUGGAGUCACGUCAUUGCCAUUUCCUGUUCACAAUAAUGAUUCGGGUGUAGAGAGACUAAGCCAUAUCUCCACAGCCAUGGCAGUGCAUUUCUUAUAAAUAUAUACAACUGGGGUUUUUUUUUUUUUUUGGUUUGUUUUGGUUUGUUUUCCAAUUUCAAAAGUGACUUUUUUACUCAGAUGCUUUGUAUAAUAACUCUCAGCAAACAUACAGUAGACAACCCUCACUAUAAACCAAUAAAACAUCUUUGAAAGCAGUUACUACUGUAUAUCUUGAUGCAGAUAUUGCCAUACUUGUGUUUGCAAACUAUUGCAAGAUUCUAAUAAAACCAUUCAAUUGAA